CCCGGAAGGAGAGGAGGAGGAGGGAGGAAGACCAGGGAGGUGGAGUGGGAGGGCCCGGGAGGACGUUGUCUCGCGAGGUUCCAACAACAUCUCGAAGUGCGGGGAAGUUUGCCUUGUUGUUUUUGGAGUUUAUUUUAAGUUUUUCCCCUUGUCCGAGGCGCCAUGGACCUCCAGAACCUGCAGUACCAGAUGUGGCUGGCCGUCAGGAGGCACCAGGCACUGAUUGGCAAGCGGCAGGAGGACCCACAUAAUUUAGCAGUUCAGAAGGAGAUUCUAGAUGUGCUGUGUCAACUAGUCUCCAUCAAUGAGAAUCAGAAACUUGUGGUGGCUCGGUUGCGAGAGGAGAGACAUCAGUGUCAAGUUAAGCAGGAGAAAGAGAAUGGUAUCCACAGUGAUGAUGGAAAGGACGAAAUUGACUUGCUGUAUGAUGACGAGAUGGUCAACGACACAUUGCAAGAAAAGGACAGCAAGGCAGCCCCAGUACCACACACCCUCGAGAGAACCUCAGGCCAACCUCCAAAGUCCCUCAGAGACCAGGAGGCUUUGUCAGACAACACCCACAGACACCCUGCAGCAUCUGACCCUCUAAAAGAUCACCAUCAACAGACUGGUAUUCCAGAGGCCCCAGCAAGUCCCCCAGUCUGGUGGUGCUCCCCUGAGAAGAGACUCCACAACUUCCAGCCCCCCACGGCAGAUUACUCCCAGGAGGACAUACACGACCUUGUCACGGAGGAUGAGUUUAUGCAUGCGCUAGGCCUGCUCACCGUGAAGGAGUGCGAGGAAGUCCUGGCAAAGCGGUACGAGAGGAGAAAACACACCGCCUACUCACACAUCUUCUCAGCCACAAUAUGGGAAAAACCCGAAACUCGUCGCAAGCGGAGGGCGUGGCUAACCUCUGGGGCCGGGUCGCCUCCCAUGCUGAGGCGUAAAGUGAGGCCACCGUCCCAGCCACCCUCACAGCCCCAGUCACGGCCCGCCUCUCCCACACAGUCUUCUUGCUCCCCGAUGACCACCUGUCCACUCUCCCAACCUGCAUCCCCACAGUCCCUUGAGGAAGAAGAAACACCUGCCUCACAACCCUCUGAGGAAAUCUGUCCAAUGUGCAAAGUUAAAGGUGCGGAUGUCCAAUGUGAUGGGUGUGGAGUGAUUUACCAUGCACAGUGUGUGGACUUGGAGGACAGUGAGCCUCCUCCCUGCUGGCUGUGUCUCACCUGUGAACAGCUGGGCCUGAGAGCCUCAUCCUCCCACACAGACCCUCACCACCUUUCCAGGCGAAGAGAGGCGUUGGCAGUCCGGGAGCGGCUGCUGCGACAGAGGGCAGAGCUCACCAUAGCUAAGCUACAGCUGGAGGAGAAGAAGCACCACCUCUCCCUUGCCCUACAGGCACAGCGUGCAGAAAGAGUUGCUUUGCAGCAGAGGGAGGAGGAUGUCCGUGAGGCAAUUAAACAGCUGCAAAGCUUCAUCAGUACCUUCCAGAAGCUACCAACAGAACCAGAGCUUCCCACUCAGCAGAACACUUCCCCAGACCUUCCUGUUCCAUCCUCCCCUGCCAGCUCUCUACCUGGCAGCAGUCCCCAACAUUCAUCCUUCCCUGGUGGUGCUGCCACCUCUCAGCCAUCAUCUCCGAGCCAGUCUUCUCUCCCCUCCCUCAGCCCAGUCACCCCCAUCUCCCUGCCCACAAGAGCUGCACCACAUGCUACCUCCCCAUCCCUUUCAUGUUCCUCAUCCUCGUCCUCACCUUCCUCUUCCCCACUGAUGCCAAGUGUUUCUUUAAGCCAGUCCUCCUCACCAAGGCAAGUAACACCUUACAGCUUUGUCCUGGGUGGUGCCUCACAGCCAUCAUCACCCUCCCCAUCACCCUCUCCUGCUCACCAGCAUGGGGUCACCAUCUCUGCAUCGCAAUCACCAUCUCCCAAGCCAAGUCACUAUAGUUUUGACAAACAUAAUGUGGAGCCAAAGUCUUACAUCCAUAGUCAUCACAAAAGGGUAAGACCUCCCAGUCACUCUCGCCGGGAUGGAGAGCUCCACGCCCUGCUUCCCCCAGACGAUGAGGACGUCUGCGAUGAGCCGACAGACCUUUCGUUCCCCCGACAAAACAGAUUAUCAGGAAUACAGAGAGGAGAGAGCAAGGUCAUGGCUGCCUCCUCUUGAACUGGUCCUAGAGAUGUGUACAAGGGCUGCCCAAUUUAUUACAACUACUCACUGAGAAGCAAGAUUUCUUUUUUGCCUCUGCACAGCUGACAUUCAUGCACAUUUGUAAGAAUUAGAAUAUUCCACUGAACUGAUCUGCAUUGUCAGCUGUUUGCAGGUACAUCAAAGAUAAAUAUUCGUAGUGUGUGGCUGCAAUAUUUGGUGGGCUUCUAUUGGUGUUCAGGAUGUCUUUCAACUCUCUUCCAGUAUUAUUAUUACAUGCUGUACAAGAGGACGGUUAUUUAUUUGUACUCUACGCUAGCAAUAAGAAUGUUUUGUACACUAUGGACUGACAAAUAUUUGUAUAUCAGUGUAGUACAUGUUGUUCUUUCAGUGGCGUGGAAUCUGUGUGAUCCUGGAGUGUGUAUGUCAUGUGUUCAUAUUUGGCACAAAUUCUGUUUGUUUUAAACUCUAAAUACAAAGUAAAAGUGUACAUUUUUAUUUAGCCCAUUUGAGAAAAAAAUAUUUAUCAAAGUAUUAUUUACUUCAUAGGGCAGAGGUAUUUUUCUAUUGUUUUUGAAACAAUAACCCAGAUAUUCAUUAGUGACUAAUAUAAUUAGGACUAAACAAAUUACAAAAUAUAUUUUCAGAUAUCUGUUGAAAAGCAUGUGAUGUUAUUAAUGUUAUAGAUGAGUCUGGCACUUGUUACUAUAAAUGUGGAAUAUUUUAAGUCCAGUAUUUCUUUUCAAGAUUUCAAAGGAAUAUUUUUUUAUGAAAAUUUUUGACAGUUUGGAAGUGUAGUGUUUAGUGUUGAUGGCUAGGCCUAGAGCUACACACUGAUCCAUGGGAACGGAAAUGUGGCAUUUUUGUUGUAACCUUCGUUACUGGUUUGGGAAGAGUCUUGCAUGCCUGUCAGGUACUGCAGGAUGGGGCGUUGCCAGUGGCCAGCCUACGGGGUAUAGCUAAUCUGCUUGUCUUGCUUUGUUACUUCAUUAAUUUAGAAUCAGUGUUUGUAUGGAUGGAAAACCAUGAGAGGUGAUGCACCUCAAAUCAUUGAUAAUCUCAGGUGACUUAAGUAAAUGUUAAACUUAGAUCAGUUUGAGUUGUUUUUGUUGCAGUGGAAUUGUAUGACUGUACAAGUGAAAAUAAUACUCAUAAGCUGCAAAGCAGUGCUUGAUGCAAUAAUGCAGUGGAAUAAACCUUUUGUACCGAUA